AUGGCUCCCAAAUCAAGUACAUCUAAAAAGUCACUAAACUCCAGUUCGAAGAAUGAUUCUACAAUCAAACAACCAAAGAUUAAACUUCCAACAGAGUAUAUUGUUCGUCCUUUGAAUAGCAAAGGUGAUAAUAAACUUACAUGUUGUGCUAUAAUAAAUCCUUCUAUUUUAAAAAAUCUAGAUAUCUCACCUGGUUCUAUCUGCUUAAUCAAUAAAUUUGGGUGUAAUGGAAUUGCUGUUCAAGUCAAACCAGCUGAUGAUGAAAGUCACCCUUCUAAUGUAAUAUUACUAUCUGCACCAAUAAGGGCUGUUGGAAAUAUAUUAUUAGGUGAUCGUAUUGAAAUAAAAAAAUUGGCUUCUCAACCAACUUAUGCAUUUACUAUUACUGUUGGAUCUAUACAAGGCUCUUUAGUUGAACAAGAUGUUGAUCUUAAAAGGGUUGAAAAGCUUUUGGAUGAAUGUGGGAUUAUCAUGCCUGGAAUGCUUUUUAAGGAUUUCGACAUAAAUGACUCUUGUGAAGCAGCAAAAAAAGUGGACCUGUUAAUUACUGAUGUUGUAGACAACAGGUCACCAGAUAUAUCAAAGAUGACUUUGCAGAAUAAUGAAGAAUUAGAUACAUUUUAUUUGUCACCACCUGUUUUGUAUAAAAAGGGUUCUACAAAGGUUGUUUUGGUCUCUUCUACAACAGUUAGUUCUAAAUAUAAUUUACCAGAACAUCACAAUUAUAAAAACGUUGGUGGUCUAAACAAAGAAAUUGAGAUAUUACAAAAUACUAUCAAAUUACCAUUGAAUCAACCUACUCUGUUCAGUGACUUUGGUAUUACUCCACCUCGUGGUAUCUUGUUGCACGGUCCACCUGGAACAGGUAAGACAAUGUUAUUGAGGUGUGUAGCCAACUCGAUUGAUGCCCAUAUAUUGACAAUUAGUGGACCAUCCAUUGUUUCAAAAUAUCUUGGUGAGACAGAAGCUGCUUUAAGGGAUAUUUUUAAUGAAGCACAAAGAUACCAACCGUCCAUGAUAUUUAUUGAUGAAGUAGAUUCCCUAGCACCAAAUAGAUCCAAUGAUGAUUCUGGCGAAGUUGAGAGCAGAAUUGUGGCAACUUUAUUAACAUUAAUGGAUGGUAUGAGUGCCUCUGGAAGGGUUGUAGUGAUAGCAGCAACAAAUAGACCUAAUUCUGUGGAUCCAGCAUUAAGAAGACCUGGGAGAUUUGAUCAAGAAAUCGAAAUUGGGAUUCCUGAUGUUAAUGCCAGAUUGGACAUUUUAUUGAAACAGUUUAGUAAAAUGUCUAUAGAACGGCAUACUUUGACCAACGAAGAUAUCAAGUUGAUUGCUUCAAAGACACAUGGUUAUGUAGGAGCAGAUUUAUCUGCACUAUGUAGAGAAUCUGUGAUGAAAACAAUCCAACGUGGAAUUAAAGAAGGUAUCAAUUUGUCUGAAACUACCCUAAAAGUAAUAAUAAGUGAUGUUGAGAAUGCUCUAUUAGAAGUCAGACCUAGUGCAAUGAGAGAGAUCUUUCUUGAAAUGCCUAAAGUUUAUUGGUCUGAUAUUGGUGGACAGGAAGAUUUAAAGAGGAAAAUGAGGGAAAUGAUUCAGUUGCCUUUAGAAGCAUCAGAGACUUUUGCUAAACUAGGAAUUUCUGCACCAAAAGGUGUUCUUUUAUAUGGGCCACCAGGUUGCUCUAAAACCUUAACUGCAAAGGCAUUAGCCACUGAGUCAGGUGUUAACUUCCUUGCUGUUAAAGGUCCUGAAAUAUUUAAUAAAUAUGUUGGUGAAUCAGAGAAGGCAAUUAGGGAGAUAUUUAGAAAAGCACGUGCAGCCUCUCCAAGUAUUAUCUUUUUUGAUGAAAUUGAUGCUUUAUCACCAGAUAGAGACAGUGGUGGAUCUACCUCCGCAGCUAAUCAUGUCUUGACUACUUUAUUAAACGAAAUUGAUGGUGUUGAAGAAUUAAACGGUGUAGUAAUAGUGGCAGCAACCAAUAGACCUGAUGAGAUUGAUCCUGCUUUAUUAAGACCUGGAAGGCUAGAUAGACAUAUUUAUGUGGCUCCUCCUGAUUUUGAGGCGAGACUUCAGAUACUAAAGAAUUGUACCAAGAAAUUUAAUAUUGAACAAACUGGUAUUGAUCUCGAAGAUCUAGCUAAACGUACGGAUGGUUGUUCAGGUGCGGAAGUCGUAUUGUUAUGCCAAGAAGCCGGGUUGGCUGCCAUCAUGGAAAAUCUUGAGGCCACAAAUGUGGAACCCAAACAUUUUGAAAAUGCCUUAGAAGGAAUAUCAAAGGGUAUUACUCCAGAGAUGCUUGAUUAUUAUAGAGAAUUUGCAUCAAGAAGUGGUAUGAAGGCAUAA